UUGGUAUUAAUUUCAAAAAUGGAAAAGCAAAAAUAUAAAAAAAAAGUUGUUGGAGUGAUAGGGCAGAAGCCCUACUAAUUGAAUUUUGGCAGACCAAAAUAAGUGCUUUUCGCGGUCCUAGAAAAUACAACCACACAGUGGAGGAAAUGGCAAUGGAGUUGCAGCAACAAGGUGUGCAUUUCGCAGCGGCAGAAAUUAAAUCGAAAAUGCACCUUUCAUAGAGAUAUAGGAAAGAGAAGACAGCAGUCGGGUCAACAGGCGGUUCUCCCUCGCAGUGGCCACUUUAUGAUAAAAUGAGAGCCGUACUGUUGCCGUACAUCAGCUACAACGCCGAGAGCUUAAUGGAGGAAAGUUUUCAAAGUUCUACUAACUCCGAACCACUCCAAAUUUCUGUGGAAACGGCUGCGUCUUGUACAUUUGUUGCUGCAUCUCCAUUGUYAUCACCGGUAUGCCUACCAUCGCCCUCAGCGAUGCCUAUGUCGCCAACCGAUACUUCUUCGCUGCCAGURCCGUCUCCCGAGCCGAGUGAUUCUGGUAAUAAAAGAAGGAAUAAUUUUCAGAGCAUUAUAUUAAAAAAAAUUAAAAAAAUUGCAAAACAGCUCGAGAAACGGAAAAAAGCUGAUCUUUCGUUGCGGAUGGUUUUAUUUACAAAAAAAUGGAAAAUURCGCCAACACAGUUUAUUUAAAAGUAUUGCACCAACACA